AUGCCUCGAAGUGUUGGCCGAGCCCGAAAAGCCGCUUCUGUAACCGACAAAAGCACCAGCAGCAGUUCGUCCGGCCAUGAUGACUAUGGCGUCAAAGCAAAGAAGCGAUCAACUGCUCGCCGAUUCUCUCAAACGACCAAGCGUUCUUCCUCCACGCUUGGCAAACGUUCCAGUGGACGUCGUCGUCGUUAUGGAAGCAGCAGCCGCAGCAAUUCCAAACGCAGCAACAGCAACAGUCGAGGCCGCGUAGGCAAAAGCCAACGCAAAGCACCUUCUCGUAAUGAGAAUGCAUCCUCGAGCAGCUCAGACAGCUACGACGAGUACUGCGACGACGACAGCUACUACGAUCAGCAGUCUGCCUCGAGCAGUCGUAGUUGUCGUCGUCGUCGUCGCACGACUUCCACUACCACUAGAAGUAGUUCUGGCAAACGUCGACGGACUAGUAAAACUUCCGCCAGUGGAAAGAGAAUGAAGAAAUUCAGUCGCAGCCGCAGCUUCUCUGGCACCAGAAAGUCGUCGGUCAAAACAAACCGACGCAAACGCCGAAGCACCACCACCAAGACCAAGGCCAGACGCCGUCGUCAGCAGAAAAAGCAAAGCACGGCCACGCCCCUUGGCAGUCGCAAGCAAGCAUCUAUUCACGAGCGCUUCCGGGAGUCGCUCAGCUCACUGCAAGCCAGCCUGCGAACUAUUUCGAGUUCUGUUGAGAGCUGCAACCCGAAAAGCUCAGAAGUGGUUCUCUCGCUGCCCAUUCCACAGCAGACUCCCUCACCGGCAAAAUCAGAAGACAAGGUUGAUGAGGGCACUCCCUUGACUGACAAUGUCUUUUUGGACGAUGUCGAAGAACAGUCGUCUUCGAUUGAAAUCCAGGCAACGCUGGAAAUGGAAGUGCAGUCUGAAGUUUCUUCACUCAGCACUGUUGAGCAUACUGAGACGCAAGAUGAUGAGGAGACGCAGGAGUCUCAGGUGUCUUCUCUCGGUCUCGACACAAGCAGCAUCUAUUCGAGAUCGUCUAGCCAUGUGGAAUUGCCCUCGCCAGUGUCAGAAACCUCCUUCCAGGUGACCGCCAACUCGUCUAGCCUUAAGGAUCUGCAUGAGGGCAAUGCUGUUUCUGCCAAUCUGACUUCUCACAACCAGUCCCAGUCACCGACACCUGUGGGCGUCAACGAGACAGUCUCUGGUCUUCUGGAUCGUGUUGAAGCGGAACAGAAGGAUCAGACUGAUCAAAAAGAAGAAGAAAAAUUUUUGGACGAUCUGGUGAGUGUUCGCUUGACAAUGCUCAAAAACUUUGUCAGCAAGGUGGAAGCUAACAUGGUAAACUUGCCGGUGAUCAGCAACAAGUCAGUUGUUGAACAAGAUGACCAGGUGCCGGUCACCCCGAAAAGCAAAGACAGCAUCAAGCAGCCAUCGUUGCGCUCUCUUGAGGAGUUGCAAGAAAUGCUAAACCAUUGCGUCGACUGUCGAUCCUCUUCCAGUGGGCAAUCCGAAGAGGAAGAGGAGAAAAAUGAUGGCUCUUCAAAGGUGGUGAUGGAGUCUGCCACACCCGAGCAGCCAAAGGACAAAACUGAUGUGGAGGAGGACCACUUGGUCGUGAACCACAACUUCAGUGACAACAGCAGCCUUAGUUUGUCUAUUCGAAGCGCUGAUUGA